GUUUGUUUUGACUGACGUUUCGUGAGCUGCGGCAGGUUCCUUCACCACGCAAAACCACGCAGGAACCUAAAUAAUUUGUCCCGUUUAUCAAACCAUUUCCUUGCUGAAAUUUAGGCCUAUUUGCAAUAAGUGCCGUAGAAACUUACAGCCUAACGCUGCCUGCUUUGCGAUAGCAUCUGUGGUUCGAUAGAAAACCCGUCCGGUCCCGGCAGCAUCGUCGUCCUCACCAUGGGUAUCUUGGAAAAAAUCUCGGACAUCGAGAAGGAGAUUGCGAAAACACAGAAAAAUAAAGCAACCGAGUACCAUCUGGGUUUGCUGAAGGCGAAACUAGCCAAGUACCGGUCACAGCUGCUGGAACCGUCGAAGAAGGGCGAAAAGGGUGAUGGGUUCGAUGUACUGAAGUCGGGCGACGCUCGCAUUGCCCUGAUCGGGUUCCCAUCGGUCGGUAAAUCUACGCUACUGUCGACGCUGACCAAAACGGAGAGCGAGGCAGCGAACUACGAAUUCACCACGCUCACCUGCAUCCCGGGUGUGAUCGAGUACAAGGGGGCCAACAUACAGCUGCUCGAUUUGCCCGGUAUUAUUGAAGGUGCUGCGCAGGGCAAGGGUCGUGGUCGGCAGGUUAUUGCCGUGGCGCGCACGGCCGAUCUGGUGCUGAUGAUGCUGGACGCUACGAAACCGAACGUGCACCGCGAUCUGCUUGAGUACGAGCUGGAGUCAGUCGGGUUGCGGUUGAACAAACGAAAGCCGAACAUCUACUUCAAGAUUAAGAAGGGUGGCGGCGUAAGCUUUAACGCGACGUGCCCACUGACGCGCUGCAACGAAAAGAUGGUGCAAACGAUACUGCACUCGUUCAAGAUCUUUAACGCGGAAGUGCUGUUCCGAGAGGAUUGUACCGAGGACGAGUUCAUCGACGUGGUGUCCGGGAAUCGGAUCUAUUUGCCGUGCAUCUACGUGUACAACAAGAUCGAUCAGAUCUCGAUCGAAGAGGUGGACCGGCUUGCCCGGCAACCGUACUCGGUCGUGGUCAGCUGUAACAUGCAUCUCAAUCUGGACUAUCUGCUGGAGGUGCUGUGGGAACAUUUACAGCUGAUCCGGGUGUACACCAAAAAGCCGGGUGCACCGCCAGACUUUGACGACGGUCUAAUUCUACGAAGGGGUGUUACGGUGGAACACGUGUGUCACGCAAUUCAUCGUACGCUUGCGGCCCAGUUCAAGUAUGCGCUCGUUUGGGGCACCUCGACGAAAUAUUCUCCCCAACGGGUGGGUAUUUCGCACAUCAUGAACGAUGAGGACGUUAUUCAGGUCGUUAAAAAGUAACCCUCUUCCACAAGCAACACUUUCUGCGUCCUCCUGGUAUAGAGUUGUCCCCAUGAUAGGGAGGUUUCUUCUUUGCAAGAUAAAAUAAGGCCAGACCCCCGUAAAGAAUGAACUGAAACCGAUUCUUUUCCGUGGUUUGCCGAUUUUCUUUUUGGUUACUCGUUUAAAUAAACACAAACAAUAACGUAAAAUUAA